GUUAGAUAGCGCAGCAGUGCAUUGAGUAGAACCGCAGUUCUCAAGCUGGAUACACAGAAAAGCUUUCCCGUGAAACCAUCAGCGAACAUGUAGCUGAAAACACGCCUGUGAUCUCAGUAGUGCUGACCACCGAGUGUGCGAGGGAUACACGGGAGUCCGGGCCGCUCAAGGGUCUGCCAUAGAGCAUCUCUACUAAGAUAUCCACAGCUUUGAUGCAGCACAGUGUUGAAAUAAAUCCAAGAUGACGGAAGAGGUGAUUGUCAUCGCCAAGUUUGAUUACAUGGCCCAGCAGGACCAGGAGCUGGACAUUAAGAAGAACGAGCGUCUCUGGCUCCUGGACGACUCCAAGUCCUGGUGGCAUGUACGAAACGCUACCAACAAGACUGGCUUUGUGCCAUCUAACUACGUCGAACGAAAGAACAGUGCCAGGAAAGCCUCAAUCGUCAAGAACCUCAAAGACACUCUAGGGAUCGGCAAGGUGAAACGGAAAACAGGCAUGCGUGAAACAGCCUCCAACGCCGACUCUGACUUGUGCUCGGACAAUGGUGAACGUCUGUAUGACCUAAACCUUCCUGCGCUUGUCAAAUUCAGCUACACGGCUGAGCGGGAAGAUGAGUUGUCUUUGGUUAAGGGCACAAGGGUCAUCGUCAUGGAGAAGUGCAGUGAUGGCUGGUGGAGGGGGAGCUACCAAGGCCAUUCGGGAUGGUUCCCAUCCAACUACGUGACGGAGGAUGCAGAUGGAUCGGCGAGCAAUGACCCUGCCGGCUUGUCGGAGAAAUUGGCGGCUGCUGUUCAUAGUGCGAACGGCAACCAGGUGAUGCACACUGUACAGGCACUCUACCCGUUCAGCUCAGGCAACGAUGAAGAGCUGAAUUUUGAGAAGGGCGAGGUUAUGGAAGUUGUGGAGAAGCCAGAAAACGACCCAGAGUGGUGGAAGUGUCGCAAAGCCGAUGGGCAGAUGGGACUUGUGCCGAAGAACUACGUGACUGUUCUGCAGGAGUCACUCAACUCAGCCAGCAUGGCCGGGCCGCCCACACCUGACUGUGACUACAUUGAGCCUUCAUCCAGCGGACGUUUCGCUGGCAAGCAGUGGUACUAUGGGAAGGUGACGCGUCAUCAGGCAGAGAUGGCACUCAACCAGAGGGGCACAGAGGGAGACUUUCUUAUCCGAGACAGCGAGUCCUCACCCAAUGACUUUUCAAUAUCGCUGAAAGCUCAGUCCAAAAACAAGCAUUUCAAAGUCCAAAUGAAGGACAACCUGUACUGCAUCGGACAACGCAAGUUUAACUCAAUGGAGGAGUUGGUGGAACACUACAAAAAGGCACCCAUCUUUACCAGCGAACAGGGCGAUAAACUCUACCUGGUCAAGGCUCUGGCUGCCUCCUGAUCCAUGUAGAAAGAAUAUCCAGUUAACAAUGAUUACACUUCCAGACAGACAGACUGGGAAUAUCAAGCAUUCCAAGAAAGGGAGGUACAGGGAGAGACGGACAAUGGACUCCCGUUCAUUUGCUCAGAAACAUGCUUGAAUUUCAUUGAGGGACACGCCCAAUGUAUCAAAAUACAGUAUGUUUAGACCAUAGGAGAUGCAGUGUAUUUUGAUGUCAACAUGUACUAUAAUUACAACCUAGGUCUUCUUUUGUUAAUAUAUAUUCUUUUCAUUGAUUUCCAAAAUGUAUUUUUCAUUUCUUCUUUAACUUCCCUGCCAAUUUUUUAACUGUCCUUUCAAGUUUCUGCUAUUGAAGUCCUGACUGCAGAAGAACUUUUCUCAACAUUUUUCAGAGGUCUCACAUACUGUCUGUUACUGCCUGCAACGCCUGAACCACACGGAACUGUUGAAAUUGAUGUAAUCUGCUAUAUUUAUUAGGAAUCAAUAUUUCUGCAAAAUGCUCCAACAAUAAAAGUGAGUGACCAAAACCAAUAUUCCAAAUUAGGCACAAUCAUUUUGGGAUUAAUCUUGAACUAUAGUCUUGCAACUGCAUGUUUCCAACAUUAAAUCAAGCUUGAGGUCUCGUUAAGGAUGGCAUCUGUAUUUAUAAGGGGUAAAGUUUCAGAAGUUCUGCUUCCCUGACAAUCAAGGUGCUUAUUAUUGUGGUUUGUUAGCUAGUUUUGACAAUAGAUUCCUAAAUUUAUUCAGACAUCUUGGAACUGUCAGAAUCCAUGCCAUAAUAUGAUGUGUCUCCGCUUUGUCAAAGGGUUUAGGUGUGAUUAAUGUCUUCUACUAGACAUUUAUUUGAAUAUGGGAGUUUGUUCAAGAUUUGCAGAUGGAGCCUGAAUUGCUGUGCCAUGACUGAAGAUUAAAGAAAAUUAAACCGCAUUUGUGUACACAAUAGGUCAUUUAUGAUUCAGUGUUCUACUAAUAAAUCCGUCUUUCAUGAACAAGGCUGCAAUCGCAUUACAGUUGUUAUAAUGGCUGUGGUUUUUAUUAUCAAUGGUGGUGGUGGAUUGGUUUAAAGUUUCAUUAGGUGUUUGUUUUUUCUUUGCUUUGCUUGGCACUCAUUUGGUUGCACACGUUCUCAAAUGAGUAUAUGUGUUGUAAUGUAGAGGAUGAAUGAAAGUGUGUCAGCAUGAAGGCAGCAUUGUGAGCUCAGGUUUCAAGGAAGGAUCCACUUUGCUUGGCGAUCAAGAUCCACAGUGCUGCUUCCUUUUAUUUUUCAAUAGUUUAUGAUAAACGGAGAGAGAUGUUCCAUUGAGGAUCAGAUGUGAAUAUGUAAAACUUCAUAGAUAAGUAUGUUUGCUGGACCAGGCAAUGGGAAAGACACUUCCCUGGACACGUCUCUGUUUCAAGUUGGAAAAACAUGGAAGUUUCUUUUCUGAAGACUUAUGAGUAGGGUGAUGAUCUGGGCUCUUUUCCAGGGGACCAUCACUACGACUAUAAUUACUUGUCCAGCUGUUCGGAGCUGGACUGGGGCGAGAGUUGAGGAAUAAGGAUUUUUGAAGGAAGUGGGGGGAAAAAAAUCACUGAGACGUGCAAGUACUUGCUGGAUAAUAUCUACCAAGAACCUAUGAGAACAACCCUACUACCCAAUUUUGGGUUUUGAUCAACCAGUUGAGAUCCACUUGUUUUGGAUGAGGGAUCUCUGAGAUGUGUAGUCAUAUCACAGUUUGUGCUUUAAAAUGUGCCUUCAUCUCAGUUGUUGGAGCCAAAGUUUUGGUGUUCGUCUACACUAUUAUAAGAUUGUUAUUUGAGUAUCGCUUUGCAUGUGCGUAAUACUCCCCUGAUAAGUGACUGGUUUGCACGGACCAUGUCCUGGUCAUAAAAACAUCCACGUUGAGGAACUUAUCAUGAUUUGCCUCCUGACUGAAGUGACCUUACCAUAUAGACCAGGGGUGUCCAAUCCUGCUCCUGGAGGGCCAACGUCCUACAGAAUUUAGCUCCAACCAGCUUCAAGACACUUGCCUGGACGUUUGAAGGCCUUGAAGUAAGUUUUAUUAAGGCUGGAAAUAAAACCUGCAGGACAGUGGCCCUUAAGGAACAGGUUUUGGCACCCCUGAUAUUGACCUUAGGGUAAAAGCCAUAUUUAAGUUCAGGGGGUUAUACCAGAGGUGUUCAGUCCUGCUUCUGAAGGGCCCACUUUCAUACAGGGUUUAGCUCCAACAAACCUGCUGGAAAUCCCGAAAUUCAUGGUAAUCCUGAAGGUCUUAAUUACCUGGUUCAUAUGUGUUUAAUUAGCCUUAGAAGUAAAUUCUGCAAGAAGUUGGCUAUCAAGACAGUGGUCCCCAAUCCUGGUCCUGGAAAACCCCCAACACUCACUUAUCUGACACACACUGGAAGUCUUGGAGUCUUUACUAAUGAGCUGAUGAGUUAAAUCAGGUGAAAGACAUCUAAAAUGUGAAGUGUUGGUUUUCCAGGACCAGGAUUGGGAACCACUGAUCUAAGGGCAGGAUUGGACACCCUGCAGUGAGCAAACAAAACAAAAUCUUUGCUUCACAGUUUUAAUUUGUCAAAUAUUGCAUCUACUCUUGACUAAGUUAUAAGUAGACUCAGCAAACAUGAUAUCUGGGUUGUGGUUGUGAGAGUAUACUUGUCAGCUUAUGAGGCAACCAGAAACUGAAAGAGGUACUGUUGUUAUCAAUCAUGUAGACUCAGCAGGAUUUUUUUUUUUUUUUUUUUUGACCAAAUAGCUUUUCUGUCAUUUCUUUUGGGAACAUGGUGGUUCUCAGUGAUUUUGAACUGUUUAUACUGAAAAAAUCUUUUUGAUCCAUCCAAGCUUUGAAUUAUGCGGCACUGUAACAGUUUUGUAUUAUGUUUUGGCUAAUAUGUCUUUAAUUUAAUUGUUACAAAAGAAUGAAUUCCUAAUUCAGGCCCCUGGAUCUUGUACUGAAAAGCAAACAUAGUUGCUGUUUUGGGCUGAAUGGACCAGUUUUACUGAGCAAGCUCAUUUUAUCUGAACUAUGAGUGAACCGUUUCUGUAAAUGGGCCUGGAGGUGCUGAGAAAAUCAAAUGCAGUUGUAUACCCCCUGCCUCCAUGAUGAUGAAACUCUUCCUCAUACUGUAUGCAAAGAGGAGUUUAUCAGACUGUACAAAGGAAGAAAUAAACUACAUAAAUCAA